CUGCAGCCCUCUCACAGCGUUGCGGUGCCCUCCUGCCUCUCUGGAAUGGCGUUUACCCUUGUGCCAAGAAAAACCCGCAAGAGGUUGCCGCUUAGCGUGGUAGUUCGUUUCAGUGGUGCGGUUUGGGGAACUGGUGCGUUUCAUGUGUGGAGAGCACGGCUUUGGAUCGGUCGUGUAGAAGAGCAGAUUUAAUGUGAAGAUGGGAGUGUUGGUGUUUGUGCGUAACCUGCUGCUAGCCCUCUGCCUCUUUCUGGUACUGGGAUUUCUGUACUAUUCUGCUUGGAAGUUGCACCUUCUCAGAUGGGAGGAUUCAAAUUCAGUGGUUCUUUCCUUUGACUCCGUUGGACAUACAAUAGGCUCAGGAAGGAGAGAGAGAAAAACUGUGGCUAUUGUGCUUCCGCUGUCCAUCCCAUCUCACCUUGCUGCAGACCCAGGAAAAGCCAGAGCCCAGAAAGAACACACAGAAACAAUGGCAGCUCCAGGCCCAGCCAUUCCUAAGUAUGACAAGCUGGGCUUUCUCCUGAACCUGGACUCAAAAUUGCCUCCAGAAUUGGCAUCAAAGUAUGCAAAUUUCUCUGAGGGAGUGUGCAAGCCUGGUUAUACAUCAGCACUCAUGACUGUCAUCUUCCCAAAGUUCUCGAAGCCGGCACCCAUGUUCUUGGAUGAUUCCUUCAGGAAAUGGGCACGUAUCAGGGACUUUGUACCCCCCUUUGGAAUUAAAGGACAAGAUAAUCUGAUCAAAGCCAUCCUGUCAGCAACCAAAGAUUACCGUCUAACUCCAGCUCUUGACAGUCUCAGCUGCCGGCGAUGUAUUAUUGUGGGAAAUGGUGGAGUGCUUGCAAAUAAGUCGUUGGGGUUAAAAAUUGAUGACUAUGAUGUUGUUGUCAGACUGAACUCAGCUCCAGUGAAGGGCUUUGAAAAAGAUGUGGGUGGCAAGACAACUCUGCGGAUCACAUAUCCCGAAGGUGCAAUCCAGAAGAUGGAGCAGUACGAGAAGGAUUCCCUGUUUGUUCUGGCCGGGUUCAAAUGGCAGGAUUUCAAGUGGCUGAAAUAUAUUGUUUACAAGGAGAAAGUGAGUGCCUCUGAUGGCUUUUGGAAGUCAGUGGCGACCCGUGUCCCAAGAGAACCUCAUGAGAUACGUAUCCUGAAUCCCUACUUUAUCCAGGAGGCAGCUUUCAGCUUCAUCGGAUUGCCUUUCAACAACGGCCUCAUGGGCAGAGGGAACAUCCCCACCUUGGGAAGCGUAGCAAUAACCAUGGCGCUCCACAACUGUGAUGAGGUGGCGGUAGCUGGGUUUGGCUAUGACAUGAGUUCACCCAAUGCACCACUCCACUACUAUGAGAACAUCAAGAUGUCUGCCAUCAAAGAGUCCUGGACACACAACAUCCAGCGGGAGAAGGAAUUCCUGCGGAAGCUGGUGAAAGCCCGAGUCAUCACUGACCUGACCAGUGGGAUUUGAGUGGCUGCAGCCAUUGCCUCUAAGGGAGGAGGUGAAGAUGCACGCUGCAGCUCUGGGAGCAGGCACCUGGCAGCCCCUCGCAAGGAUCCCACCUCACUGAAGACACACGGAGACGCCCAGGUGCUCCGGGAAGACCCUCUGGCAGCGCCAGCCUGCACGAGGGUUGCAUCUGCCACCUCCAGGCCUAGAGCUGCCAGGAGGCGUGCAAGGGGCUGAGUGGGCAGCUCUUGAACUCUGCAUGGCAGAUGGAUCUUCUGUGUCCUGUGAAUGAAACAGGAAAGACUCGAAAGAGAGAGAAGGAAAGCUUGUGAAUAAAACGAUUUGUGCCAAA